AUGUGUUUGCUGUCCCGCCGAUGGGAGACCUGGCCCUGCGGCCACCACCGCGAGGACGAACCAGAGCUCGAGGAGACAUGCCCAGCCCGCCGCAACGGCGACGUCGCCGGCUGCAACCGCAACAUCCGCUGGACCGAUGAGGCCUCUCCAAUCAUUCUGCCGAGCCAGGAGCGCUGCGUCGAGUGCAGAGGCGAGCGCGACAACCGCACCAACGUCAGCGACGCCAUGCUGUUCUUCCGCGACCGCGACGCCCUCGCCAGGCGCGUCUGCGAGAGCAGGAGACGACACCAGCAGCAGUCGUCCCUCGGCGGCAAUGCCCGGUACGCAGGCGGGCCUCAGGUUGGAGGUCGGCCGAAUUGGCAUUUCCAGACGCCCGAUAGCUUCCGUGAUGCGCUCAGCCGGAGCGCAAGAAGCCCGGCGGCGAGGAGCAGCGAGUUUCCCCUGGCUGCCAGGAGCCCAAAACUGCCCCUGGCAUUACAAGAAGCGAUCCGGAGGUUUUGUAACCUGGGGCCUCGCCAGAACAGACCAAUUUUGAUCGACCGCAGCCUUGCGCCAGGUGAAGGCGGCAGUCGAAUCCCUAGCAGUCCCCGUCCUGGUCAGUCCUCCGGCCCGCGUGGUGACUGGGGCCACCCUGGCUUCGGCGGCCGUCUUGGCAGAUCUGAAACCCCAAUGCUUGGUGCAAGCCACGGCUUCCAGCAUCCCAUGAGCAGCCCACUCGGCGGCCCGAGCGGGAACAUUCGCGGCCCCGUUAACACGAUGGGCAACAUCAUGUUUCCUUCGCAUCCAAUGGCGCCUUUUGGACGGGAAGCUAGCAGCAGCAGCCCCCUUGGCGGUAUUCAUUUCGGGGACGUUCACGGUAGCAGCAUGUUCUCUGCGCAUCAUGCGUCGCCUCCAGGACGGGAAGUCGGCAGCAGCAACAACCCGUUCGAGGGACUGCUGCGGGAGAUUCAGGCGAGCCGGAACUCGGGCACUGGCAUUGGCGAAAUGGAGGUUCCGGUGCGGACGAACGCUCAGUUCCUCGGAGAUGUCGGAGAGAGUGGCGGACAGGCGGCAUUUCCGGCACAUGAACUCCAGGAUGCAGUGAUCAUGUCGCCCACGGAGGGUAUCGCGCGUGUGCCCGGUGGCUUGAUUGUCUUCAAUCCGUCAAUCGUCGGCUACCCUCCUGGUGCUCGUGAUGGCGGUGGAUUCCAUGGUCAUGGUGGAGCCCAUCAGUGGCCGUGA